CUCACUUUUCCUAAAAUCCUCAAAGUGAAAACUCAUCAGCUAUAUAGCGUUCCACUUCAAGGCCUCACUUCUCAUCCUCUCUUCAAUAAUCUUAUUAAUUUCUCUUUCUACACCUUCAACAAUGAAGCUUCCCCACCGUCCUUCAACAACAAUUUUCUCCUUCAUUUUCAUCUUCCUCUUACCCUCCUCAAUCUCAUCCCAAAUCUGCCAAAGAUCCUGCGGCAAAUUCCCCCUCAAAUUCCCAUUUGGCAGUGACCUUGGUUGCGGCGACCCGCGCUUCCACCAGUACGUGUCAUGCAGCCAAGGCAACCUCAUGUUCACAACGCACAGAGGCUCCUACCCUGUCACCAACAUAGACUACACCAACAAAGUCAUGUACAUCUCAGACCCCUCCAUGUCAACAUGUUCCUGCACCCAACCAAGCAAAGGCUUUGGCCUGGAUUGGGACGCGCCCUUCUCUUUCCAAGAUGACAACAUCUUCGCCUUACUUGACUGCUCAACUUCUUCCUCCCCAAUAUUCCAAUCAAACACCCUAUACACUGAUAAAAACAACAGCUCCAAAGUGUCCCUAUGUGACAACCAAGGCACCUCAAUUUGCAGCUUCUUAUAUUCUUGCAGGGCCAUAAGCACGAUCAACCUCCCAAUCUCCACAUGUUGUGUUUACACGCCUGUUGAUCUCGGGCCGGCUUUCGACAUGGACUUGCAGAUACUGCAAUGCAGUUCUUAUUCUGGGUUUUACAGCUUCAACGAGCGCCAGUCUGACCCUAACAGUUGGAACUAUGGGAUUGCGCUCAAAUAUAAAUUCAGCGUGAAUAAUGAGUAUCCAAGUUCAUGUCCUAAUUGCGAAAGGAGCAAUGGGAUUUGUGGCUACUAUUCUGGAGGGGCUUACAAUUCUUUUUUAUGUAAUUGUCCAAAUGGGAUAAACACCACCAAUGAUUGUUACUUUGGAGCCAAUUAUAAUUAUGGAUCGAGGCUCUCAUCCUGGCAGAUUGGUACAUGGCUAUUCUAUUGCUUGGCUUGCCUGUUGAUUUCAGUCUGGGCAAGUAGUUUCCUCUGAUGAGAAUCAAGCAGAAGAGGAUAACAUGAUGGUGUAGGUUUGUGGGUCGUCAGCUGAUUUGUAUUUAGCACAACUUUGGAGCCACCACAGGGAUUGACGUAUUAUAAAAACAAAAAGAAGAAGAAGAAGAUUAGGGAAUUGGGUUCCUUCUUUCUUGCACUAUGAGUACAAUCUAUAACCACUGAGAAAGAAUCGGCUUUUGUUGUAGUAAAGGUUGUUUCUUUAUCAUCGCUUUAUUGGCAA